CCUCCCGCUGCGCAACACGAAUUUGUGUCCUGCAUGUCAUAGACUUUGGGAAGGGUGGUUGGUCCAACGUCUUUUCGCUUCUGCCUGUUUGAAUGAUCUCGACCUUACAAGUAUUCACCUGCUUUCACCUCCUCUCUCGAUUGCCUCUGUUCCACGCUUUGGAAUCAACACAGCUCACAGUCCCUACCUGAGUCCACCAUGAGGUGUGUCUCUCUCCUUUCGGCGGCAGCUGUCGCCUCUGCCUUCGUGGUCCCGGAUCAGACUAUUUUCGAGUCUCUGUCCAUUGAGGAUCAGGAGAUCGAAUACCCCUCCGAGCAUCCUUUUUGGAGCCACGAGCACCAGGCCGAAAGCUUCUGGGAAGAUCUUGAAGAGACGUUUACAAAGGCUGCUAAUUGCGCCAAACAUGCCUUUGCAGAGAUCGUUGAUUCGGCACACGAGACCGCCGUCAGCUAUGGCGAAGAAUUCCAGGACGCCUUUGCUGGGGAGGCCUGGCUAGACACUGCUGAAUACGAUUUGGACCUAUUUGAAGAACCUCCUCAUCACGGCCCACCGCAUCACCCACCGCACCAUGGCCCUCCAGGCAAGAAGCCUCGUCGCCCGCACCAUCCACCUCACCAUCGUCCGAAUCAGACCAUCUGGGAACUGAUUUCGAAGAGCAAAUAUACAACCAAAUUGGCCGCUGUCGUCAAGGAGUUCCCGGAUCUCGUCGAGUUGCUGAACAGCACCAAGGCGAACCACACUAUCUUUGCUCCGACAGAUCGAGCAUUCGCGAAGAUCCCCAAGCACGCUCCAAAGCCUCCAAAAGAGUUCCUGGAGAAGCUCCUAACGUACCAUAUCUCGCCUGAAUUCUACCCUGCUCCCCGUAUCCUGGUCAGCCGGACCAUCCCGACCGCUCUCGAAGCCAAGUUUAUUGGAAAGGUGCCACAGCGCCUUUCCACUCAAGUCUCUUUGAAGGGGUUGACUGUCAACUUCUACUCCCGCGUCGUCGCCAUCGAUAUCUUUGCAACAAACGGAGUCAUCCAUGGCAUCGACAGCAUUCUCCUUCCUCCGCCAAAGGCCGUUGAUAUCAUUUCAGCCCUCCCUGGUGAAUUCAGCACCCUUGACCUCGCUCUGGAGAAGACUGGCCUAUAUCCCGCCUUCAACGACACAUCAAGCCACAACGGAGGCACACUAUUCGCACCAUCAAACUUUGCCUUCAAACGUCUUGGCCCACGAAUCAAUGCCUUUCUGUUCAGUAGGUUCGGCCUGAAAUAUCUCAAGGCUCUGAUCCUGUACCAUGCUGGCGACAACAUCACACUCUACUCGGACGCCAUCUACAAACUCGAUGCGGAUGCCCGCCCACCACCUCAUCACAAGGUGCCCAAGGGGCUCAUCCAUGUGGAUCUUCCUACGGGCCUCGAAGGCAAGAGCUUGAGCAUUGACAUUGCUCGGUUCGGUCGCCUCAUCACGAUGAAGAUUAAUGGGUUUACUCGAGUUGCCGUACUAGAUGGCAUUGCUGCUGAUGGCGUCAUUCAUGUUGUGCCCAACGUCCUCAUACCCCCCAAGACUCCCGGUGGAAUCGCGGUUGCCGAAGAUGACAUGGAUCUAGAUGAGUUCAAGGCAAGGCUGGCCCCUUUUGUAGAGCCGGAAGAAGCCGAGUGGGUUGAGGAAGACCCUGAAUUGUAACGGCAUAGGCUGUUGCAUGCUGAAGGGAGAGAAGUCUCAUCGGAAGUAUGCAAAAAUAUAAAUGUAUAGGUUUUAGGUGAGAUUGGUUUCGUUCAACCUGACGGCUGUUGGGCUAUUAUUCUUGAUGACUGACGAUUAUUAUUUGAGUUCAUAUCAUACUACGGGUAUGGAAUCACAGGAGAUUGACACAAUCUAACCAGCCAAAGUCUGCCCUUCCAGUCUCAUUACGGUCGUCUUGCCUCGUCACGUUUGAGAUCUGCUCACCAGUGAGCCUCCGUAAUCUUGGCCGUGACACUAUCAUCGUCCACGUCUACGCCGUCGACGAACCAUCUCCCUUGAAUACCCUCUUCUGGCACCGCAACGCCAUCACCAUCCUUUCCCAGCAGGAUAUCAUUGCCACUCAUCUGUCUCUUCCUCAUCUUUCCGCUUUCACGGUCGAAGGUCCAAUCCUCCAGUCCGUAGCACCUCUUCCACUUCAUACCAUCGUAUUUAUCCUGAUACUCGUACCAGAACUGCACGGCAAUCUUGUCGUCCGUGAAGGCGAACAAUUCCUUGCGGAGGCGGUAGGACUUUUCCUUGUCCCACUUCUUGGUGAGCAGGUCGACGAUCUGGGCAGUGCCGCGGAUGAAGGACGCGCGGUUCCGCCAAAUGCAGUCACUCGUAUACCCGUUGGAGACUUGGGCCGGGUUGCAAGAGUUCCACAUAUUCUGAGCGAAUUUGACCUUUUCGUGUGCGGUCUUCAAUGUGUACGGAGGGCGGAGGGCGGCCAUUUUGCCUAAGAGGGAUGUGUCUUGUCGGAUCUGGAGGAGUUGAACUUGAGAGAAUGAUGCGUUCAGCGAAGAGAGUAGCACGAAGUCGAGGCAGCCUUGCUUUUGGAUGGGUGUCUGUGUGAGACGCUGGAAAAGAGCCCGGAUUCUGAGAGCAAGACUCGACGAAGGAAAGCCCUAAUAUACCUAUAGACUCCUCUCGCAGAGGACAAUGGAGGACAGCUUCCGCUCAAACAUUGAGUCCCACUCUGGCCCCCG